UAUUAUAAACUAUUUACAAAUAUUAUUAUUGACGUGCAGUUGAUUGAAGAGAUUUCUACAAUCUUGACACAAUUUCGUUUUAACUAAUUGUCAUUAAAAGGAAAGGAAAGAAAAUUUAUUCAGAGAGGGAAAGGUUAAAAGCAACAAAUGGCAACAGGAAAAGAGAAAGGAAUACUGACGGAUGCCAUUACAGAAGAUGAACAAAACCUUUUGGUGGAGCUGGGAAAACGUCUUACAAAUGGUCAUCCACUGUGUAUGAAGAUUAAAAAUCUGUCUGAUACAGCAAUGGUAAAUGGAUGUGUAGCCCCCAACCGUGGGAUAAUUCACUCUGUCCUGCCCGCGAGUAUUGCACCUAACUCCUUCCAUUGUCUUGGAUUCCAUAAGACAAGGUAUUCCUUGUAUGGCACGGUCGGUGUUGUUGCUUAUGAUGUUGAUAACUUUAAACUUUGCAUCAUGUAUGGUAAUCCUUACAGGGGAAUGAAUAAAGCAGGGUUUCUUUGGUGCGAACGAAAAAAGGAAAUUGUUCGCAAAUUUGACGAUAAGAUGCUGGAAAUUGGAACUACAUUUUAUAGCGGAGGAACUAUGAAAUGGACAUCGAGUUAUUCUCCCGAUGAGAAAUACAUCGCUGAAGGAUUUGUUUCUCAGGGAGAUCCGGCAUAUCUCCAUAUUCAUGUCCGAAAUAACAAUGCAUGAAAAUAUUCUUCAGGCAUGUUUUUGUAUCUAUGUGAACUAGAAGUAUUGGAUUCUAAAUUAUAUUUCGUAAAGGUGUACUUAGGGGUUUUUUUGCAGAUAUUGUAAAGCGCGAUGAUAAUAAAGAUAAAUGGAGUUUCACGGAAAUCUAAAUUAU